AUGGCAAGAUCUAAAAGAGGCUCUAGGCACUUGCCCAGCAGCGACGACGAAAUGGAAGAAGGUGGCCGCCGGCUGAGAAGACCAGUUUCAUACUUGGAAGAAUCAGACGAUGCGUUUGACGAAAUCAAAGAAGAAGAUGUUCAAAAAGAAGAGGACGGUGUGAAAGAAGAAGACGGAGAGGUCAAUGCAGAGCCGGAGGCUGAUGCAGAGGAGCCAGAGGAGCCAGAGGAGCCAGAGGAACCUGACUCCCCCGAGGAAGACAAUUUAAAAGAUGAGGAUUUCGAUGAAGAUGACGAGAUCAUCCCCGCUAAAAGACUGCGGUCGCUGAGGAGAGUGUCGAGGCGGCUCAGGCAGAGUAAAGGCAGCGACGAUUCUGACUUCAAGGAAGAUGAAGUCAGUGGAGGCUCCGACAACGAAAGCGAUGCUUUUGAGGAAGAAGACGACUACAUGGAGAGGCUACGAGAAAAGCAAUUUGUGGCGUCUGACGAAGAUGGCGAAGAAGACAACUACUAUGGCUAUUCCUCUACAAGCAAGAGUCGGCUGCGGAGGAAACCAAAAUCAAGAUCACGAUCUGCAGAAGCAAGACGACUGAGGAAGCGCAUGAGGCGUGCUGCUGAUGAUGACGAGGAGGAGGAUGCAGAAGACAAUGACGACGAUGUCGGCGACAUCCAACAGGAGAUCCAGGAAUUGUACGACUCAUCGCCCGAGGAAGAGAGCCCGGUCAAGCAUAAGCUCCGAGAGCGUGGUGAGAAGGUCAAUUACACUAUUCCUCCCGCAAUCACCAACGAGCAGGACCUCGAUGCUUUAAGUGCAGCUAGAUAUACACCUCCGCUGAAGAGAAUCCGGAGAAAUGUGGGCAACAAGAGCGAUUUCAGAAAACUUCUUUUCCCCACUGCUGGUCCUUUUGGUGGUAGCGACGUCAUUUCUCUUUUGGGUCAAAAUAUUCCUCCUGGCGGAAUUCCCAUUCCGGGCAUGCCAGCUGACGCUCGUAAUAACUUGAUUGCAGACAACGAUUCAGAUUCUUCAGAUGAGGAGUUCGUGCCUUCGUCGGCUGCUGGAGCCCAACCAAGACCUUCGGUGAGUGGGUCCAUGGGCAAGGUGCCAAUGGCUGCUAACAACGCAGCGCCAGCCCCUUCAGGUAUGCUCAAUAAUACAAAAAUUGUCGGGGCGCUGUCAGUUGGCGAUAAGGGCAAGAAAAAAAGCACUCUCAGUGACACAGAUCCAUUGGGUGUUGAUAUGAACAUUGAUUUCUCAGCGGUCGGCGGCCUUGAUGGCUACAUCGACCAGCUUAAAGAAAUGGUUGCACUUCCCCUUCUAUAUCCUGAGCUUUAUCAGAAUUUCUCAAUUACUCCACCUCGAGGAGUAUUGUUCCACGGCCCUCCAGGUACUGGUAAAACUUUGAUGGCUAGAGCACUAGCUGCUAGUUGCUCCACCCCGUCUCGAAAAAUCACAUUUUUCAUGCGCAAAGGUGCCGACUGUUUGAGUAAAUGGGUUGGUGAGGCAGAGCGUCAGUUGAGAUUGUUAUUUGAAGAGGCGAAAAAUCAGCAACCGUCCAUCAUUUUCUUCGAUGAGAUUGAUGGCUUGGCUCCAGUCAGAUCAUCUAAGCAGGAACAGAUUCACGCCAGUAUCGUGUCUACUUUGCUUGCAUUGAUGGAUGGUAUGGAUAACAGAGGACAGGUUAUAGUCAUUGGUGCAACCAAUAGGCCAGACUCUGUUGAUCCCGCCUUAAGAAGACCAGGCCGUUUUGACAGGGAAUUUUACUUCCCACUUCCUGGCUUGGAUGCUAGAAAGCAAAUUCUCUCAAUUCACACAAGAAAAUGGGAUCCUCCUUUGUCGCCUGUAUUCCUUGACAAGAUUGCAGGUCUUACUAAGGGUUAUGGAGGUGCAGAUUUACGUGCUCUUUGCACUGAAGCGGCAUUGAACUCUAUUCAAAGAAAAUAUCCUCAAAUCUACCGUUCCUCAGACAAACUUAAAGUGGACCCAACGAAGGUCAAGGUGAUUGCAAAAGAUUUUAUGAGAGCAAUAGAGAGAAUAGUUCCAUCAAGUGCGAGGUCAACAUCGACGGGUUCUUCGCCUCUUCCAGAGCGUUUGCAGCCUCUUUUACAAGGCUCUCUCGAGCAAAUAGUUGAGAAGUUGACCACUUUGCUUCCAGAUUCAAUCAGCUUAGGUGGCAAGAAGAAGUUGACUAAUUUGGAAGAAGCAAUGUACCUAGACCCGACUGUCAAAGAUGCCGACGGCGGUUUUUCAAAACACGAAUUACUUAGAAGCUUAGAGGGCUCGAGAAUUUGCAAGCCUCACUUACUUAUCUGUGGCGAGGCUGGCGCCGGCCAACAAUAUCUUGGUGCAGCAAUUUUGAACGCUCUCGAAGGCUUUCAAGUGCAGAAUUUGGAUCUAGCUACGAUUUUUGGUGAUGUGACUAGAACACCAGAGCUGUGCAUUGUGCAGACGUUUAUCGAGGCAAGAAGACAUCAACCAUCGAUCGUAUUUAUUCCAAACAUCGACACAUGGUUUGACGUCAUGACACAUUCAGCCAAAGCAACACUUGCCGGCCUUCUUCGGAACUUGAAAAGUAAUGAAAAGAUUCUUCUACUCGGCAUCGCCGAAAGACUGUUCGACGACCUUGAUCCCGAAGUCAAGCACACUCUUGGAAUUCUGGGUGACAGCAACAACGUGUACCUUGAGAAUCCUGACAUCGUGGCAAGAAAGAAUUUCUUCCAGAUUGCCGAAAAAGCUUUGAAAAUGAAGCCAUAUGAGUUUGUGAAUGAUUUGAGCAAUAGACCAAAGAGGAAACUCAAAGAGCUUCCCGUAGUACCACAGGAGACUGUCAGUGUUGCACUGCUAGGUAAGAAGCGUGACAAGCAGCAGGAAUAUGAAGACAAGAGACUCAAGAACUUGCUCAAGAUUAAACUUGCAGGACUUAUGGAUCUCUUCAAAAACCGCUACAAGCGUUUCAGGAAGCCAAUUAUCGAUGAAGGCUACUUGCACCACUUAUUUGAGCCCUCAAUUCUUGAUAAUCCAAUGAUCACAUAUGAAGUGGCUUACACAAUUUCGGAGGAUCCAAAACAUCCCAACAUGAUCAAAGAGCUCAGCACAGGUAAGUUUUUCUUCAACAUGGACUUGGACACUAUUGAGGAGAGAAUCUGGAAUGGAUUCUACUCUGAAGCUAAACAGUUUCUCAAGGAUAUUCGGAUGAUUGUGAAAGAUGCUAUCCAAUCUGGGGAUAGAGAGCGGAUCCUCAAGGCAAAUGAAAUGAUGACCAACGCCCAGUUUGGCAUUGAUGAUUUCAAUAAUCCGGAGUUUGCAAAAGCUUGCAAGGACCUAAGAGCCAGAGAAAUCGAGAAGCAGGCGAAAUUACUUGAAGACUAUAAAAAACUCAAGGCCGAAUAUGAAAAGCAGCAAGCCGCAACUUCACAGGUGGAAGGAGAGCGUCCCAACGGCACAGCACCCAUGCAGCUUCUUGGGGACUCUGAUCAAGCUACAUUGGUAGGUGCUAAUGGACACACACACGAGGCUACUGAAAACUCUGUCGAAGACAAACCAGAGGAAAUUGAUGAGCGAACAAUGGAAGACGCUAAGGGGGCUUCUGAGAAUGCACCUCAGAAUGAGGUGAGGUUCGAUGGGGCAGUGGAAGAAGAAGCAACAGACGUCGUCGACGAGUCUCCAAAACUGCAAAAAGUUGUGCCUGUCACGCAGCCUCCAGAGAGUGAGUCUGAGGCGGAAGAGGAGACUCUCACUGACGCCACCCAAGAGUUGGUCAUUCCGCCCGAAGCCUAUGACUUCUUUGAGGACCGCAUCGUCAAGCUCACCGAGGGCUUCACAGUGGAAAAGCUCGAGUUCACCAUGGCCAAAAUCAUGGAUAUUAUCUGGGCAGACCGGUCGCAGUGGAACAAGGCCCAAACCACAGAAAAGCUCUACAAGGUCGCCGAAACACUACACCACUACAUUUGA